UGUUGUUCUAUUUAUAGAUUAUACACAUUUCUCCAUGUACAUUUAUAUAGUGUUUACUUCACUUCAGUGUUAUUAAAAUGGCAAGACUAAGUUUAAUUUUAUGUUUAUUUGGAUCGUUUAUAAAAGGCGGAAUUUCGUUAUUUAUUGAUGGUUGUCCUAUGUAUGGAUGUCGACCAAGUGGCUCAUUUUCUUUCUACUUUCAAGUUCCACAAGGAAAUGCUUCGAUACAAUGGAUGAGUGAUUUUGUGUUUGAUCCGGUGCCAAUUCCAUUAGGUUGUGUAUCUGACAGCGUUAAUAUCGUGUGUCUAUCUAAUGGACCUUUCUCGGAAGAUAAAGGCUACAUUAGUUUGUUCAAUGAAAACGGAACAAUAAAAUGGAGAGAUCGAAAAUUAAACUUUCCUACUUUACCUUUGCUUGACAAUUACGGUGACGUAACGGGAUCGGACGGGAAAAAGUUAGUGCAUUACGACGCUAAUGGCAAGAGUUAUCCUACUAUACCAUGUGAAGGUCUUCUGCCCAUAUUUAACAUGG